AUCAUGCUCUCUUCUCUUCUAUCGAUUUUUCAUUAAACUUUUCAGUUUCGACUCUGAGCAGUUCAAGAAUCAGCCAAACCUGAAUCUAAUGUAACGUUAAUCUGAGCUGAUGCUUCUACUAUCGAGUUACAGCAAAAAACAUAACCUUACGUGUGUGACUUCUGUUGGGCGGUUGAGCAGAUGGGCAGUAUGUUGCUAUGGUGACACGGCUGUAAACACAGAGUGUGACGUACAUCGCUAUCCUUGACCAAUGUUUGGAGCCCCAUCCCCACGCCCACUUAAGUCUCAGGAUGCUUCAAGCCGAGACCGUCCAGCUCCUGUGCCUUACCGCAGCCAGCGGGGUCCCCCUCUUUUCCCGUGGCUCCUCUAAGCAGCUCCCCUUCUCUGUCAUCGGCUCCCUGAAUGGGGUCCACAUGUUCGGGGCCGGGCAGGGUGCCCUGCUGUCCAGCUGCGAGACGGAACAAGGCAGCCGGGUGGUCUGGAGGGUCUUUCAGGACAGCCUCAUGCUCAUAGCUGUGAGUGGCAGCGGCAACAAUGCAGUUAGCGAGCUGCAUCUGCGCCGCCUGCUGGAGAAUACGUGGAACUGCAUGGUGCUGGUGCUGGGCCAGGACGAGCUGGCUAACAUGCGCAACGUGGAGCGGCUAAAAAGAGAGCUGCGUUCUUGCUACCGCUUAAUUGACAGGCUUCUGGAGCGCGGGGGUGAGGACCAGGGCUUUAUGGGUGAUUUGACACAUUGCGCUGACUGCCUGCUGCCUUCUCAGCCUGCGAUACUGCAGCAGGCGCUGGACUCCUUCACCCAGGCUGCCAACAGCGAAUUUGGCUGCUUGCUUAUCCAAGGACGAGUUGCACUGGCUACCGAAAAGUGGUGGCGCCUCGCUCCUCAAGAGGUCGUUCUCCUGUCCGUCCUUGUAAAUUUGCUCUCAGGGGUCACGUCCUGUGACUACCCAGUCUUUCUGCCCCAAGGCAGCCCCACGGUGGCUCACAGGCUGCUCUGUUUCCAGCUGCUCCCCAGUGCAGUUGUAUGCGUGCUGUGCGGCCCCAGCCCCUCCCUGCAUCGUGUGGAGAGUGAGCUGGUGGGCUGUUUUUGGUCCCCCGUGGUGGAAACCCUCCGUGGCUGCCUGGAGCAGGCCGAGCGCUCCCCCCUGCCUCCCUCCGUCAGCCUCCGCUGGGACGUCCAAGCCCUGCUGCUCAUCAAUCGUGAAACGCGCCGCUCUGUGGUGGCCUGCCCACGUGCUCGCAGCCACACCUCCUCAGAGGCCCCACCCCUUUUUUCUCCAGCUCGCCGCUGGGAGUUGUUGCGCCACCUCUACACGUUUGCAGUGACUCGCUAUUUUACCUCAGAAGAGGCACCUACCUCGCCGGACUCGUCUACAUCUACAACUGCCCAUGAGUCGCUCCAUGAGGAAUUUUCUGGAGGUUUCACCCACCAGCCUGUGCAGUGUUACCUUGUGACGGACGAGUGCAAGUGUUAUGGCCUGCAGACGCCUCAGCAUCAGCUCUACCUCCUCACAGAUCUCUCUGUGCCCACCUUCGCCUUACGCUCCGUCGCCACACACACUCUCAACGCCGUCACUGCCACAACUGGAUUCUAGGGCGCAGACAGCUUGUGAGUGGUCAGUGUAAUUAUUCGGUUAGGUUCAGGCUUAUUUUGGAUAAUAGGUUUUUUUCAAGAAACAUACACAGUUUGCACCUUGUCCACUAGAGCUGCACAGUAUUUGUUAAUUGUUAUCGUAAUGCUAGCCUUUGCCAAACUGACGGCUGCAAUAUGCAAAUGAGCUUUCUGACCAGUCACAGCUCCAGAUGAGUUUCUUUGGGUGUUCAGAUGAAUCAAGCUAUUCAUGAAAUUCAACAUAAAUUAGUUUUGCUUCUCUUUAUUCAUGUCACAUUAUUGAAUCACCGUUGCAUUUUUAAUAUAAUGCAAGUCAUAUUGCCAUUGCAAUGUGAAGACGCAGUUAACAACAUCAUUGCAAUACAAGUACUUGUGCAGCCCUAAUGUGUGCUAUAGAUUGUUCAUUAAUAAAUAAAGUCCAUGAAAUGUGAAAGAAAUGUCAAAAUCCUACUGACUGUAAUGCAAAAGUUACUGUAUGGUGUGUUAAAGGUUUUUGUGUAAAACAUAGACUCUGACCAAAUGUUCUUCAUAUAUUGACCACUGUGUUGCACCACGCAUUGUUUGACCUCUUUCAAAGACUCUUGCGGAUCCGCAAGAGAUGUAAAGGGGAAUUCCGUUGAUUUUUUUUCUGCAUAAUUCAGUGGUUGAGAUGUGAGCAGAGUCAUUCAGAUUGGUUCUAUGUGAAAUGGUUACUUGUAGAGAAACUAACUCAGAGUCACAAUUGUUCACAGUGGUGGUGAUAGGAACCAGACAUGUGAAGAGUUUAAUGCCUCUAAAAGCUCCCUCACAGAAAGCUAUUUUAUGGAAUUGUUUUGAAGACUGUUACAAAUUAGAUUUCUAUGUCUACAGAACAUACAUAGCCAUUUUAUUUACUAUCUAAAAUGACCAGUGAAUCUAAGUUUGUAUAUGCAUUGUAACCUCCUGCCAUGAAUGGAUUUUUAAAAAUAUGUUUUAGGUCGAAUGUUUAUCUCGAAUGUUUACUUUCGUAACUGUCUCAGGCAUCAGGGAGACUUUAGAGGCAUUAAACCUCUCAGACGUCUGGUUCCUAUCCCCACCACUGUGAACAGUUCUGACUCAGUAAGUUUCUCUAGAAAUGGAGAAUUUCACAUAAAACCACUCUGAAUUACUUUGUUCACAUCUUAACCAUUUAAUUACACAGAACUUUUUGAAAAAAAUUGGUGCAGUUUUCUCUAAAUAUCUGAGUAGAGGUUGAUCACUGGAAAUGCUUAACAGCUGCUCCUAGCACUUAAAUGAUUCAGCGUUUUCUGCCUUAAAUCUACUGAAUAGAAGUGCAGAUGGUGUACUGUAGGACUCACUGUAUGGCCUUUGAAAUAUUCUGCAUCUAUCAUGCAAAAGUGUCUUUGCAGUUUGUCCCAGAAAAGAUUUGGAAAUGUGUACAUCACUAAGUCAAAACAUUAUGACCACCUGUCUAAACAGCUCUGACCUGCUGAGGCUUGGACCUCUGAAGGUUCCCUGUGGUAUCUGGCACCAAGACGUUAGCAGCAACGUCUUUAACUCGCGUAAGUUGGGAGGCGGACCCACCACGGAUCGGACUUGUUGAUCCAGCUCAUCCCACAGAUGCUUGAUCAGAUUGAGUACUGAGGAAUGUGGAGGCCAAAUUUGUUCUUGAGAAAGUCUUAGGAAAAAGUCUACGUCAGGUUCAUGACGUGUUCAGAAUUGUUUGCACCGUUGUGCUCUUGAGUGUGUGUAGAUUCUGUUCUUACCUAAGAGCUAAUCCCUAAUAAGAAAACACUGGUGACAGAAUCUUUGUGAAAACUGCAUAAGUGGGUUUUAAGAAGAAAUUUGUUUCCUAAGAACAGCUGGUGGCCCAUGAGUGCAGUGGGUGCGUUGUCCUUCCGAAAGAGGAUGCUACCAUCGAGGAAUAUGUGAGGGGUGACAGUGUUUUGGCUAAUGGGUGUAAGUGUGUUUGAGUGUGUGUGUGUAUGUGUUGUAUCUGCUACUACAUUGUAACUGAUUAUAUUUUUAUACAUAAAUCGCCACUGUAGUGAAAACCAUCAUUGUCGUCACUGUUUGAGUCAGUCAGUCAAGAUAUGUGUGUAAUCCAACAAAGGUAAAUCAUUUUUUGGUAAAAUGAACACAAUCCUUGUCACAUUAUUGAUGCAUAUCACAAUAGCAAUAUGAAGCAAUAUGAGCACAGUACUGGUAUUUUGUCCAUAUGGUGCAGCCGUAAUGUACGCUGUAGUUUAUCUUCUGUACUUGUAUUGGUUAGCAUGAAUUGUUAUUGACAAAGUCUAUGAAAUGUGCCUGUCCUACAUAUCUUUAUGUAAAGGUUACUGUAAGUGAUUACAUUUUAUUGCUAAGUCAUCAUUUUUUGUGAAAAUCAGGUCGUCCUUUAAUCAUGAUUGAAUGGAGAAAGUUAUAUGGAUCAUUAUUGAUGAGAUUGUUUUGGUCACUUUCAAAUUUGUCAGCUUUCUCUUUAGGGUCCUUCAGAGCACUUCAGAGAACUUUCUAUGAGCAAAUUACUCUGUAUUCAUGGAAAAAGUGUCCAGUUUAUCAAUAAUAAGUAAUUAAUAAAUAAAUCACCAGCAGUAACACUUGCUGGCCAAUGACAUUGUGAUCUAACAUGGUACAAUAUUGUGUCGAAUUCCAGGGUUCAUCAAAAAAAAACAUAAGGGUUGAAUAGUAUGGCCAUACACUACACCUUUGAUGGUUCUUCAAGGGUUCUUUAGUAAAUAAA